GCUGGCUCGCCUCGGCUCUGGUGCGCUGCGUUAGUUGGGGCGGUGAGAGCCGGUGCCACCGGACGGGCGUGAAGCGGUAGUGCUCGGCCGGACAGAACUCUCCCCACCCCGCCUGGGGUGUUGGUCCCACAUUAAUUCCCAUCCACCCCCAUCCCCACGGCUGGAGAUGGCAGAGAGUGCGGACGGACCGGCCGGCAGUUCCCCAGGUGUAGACUUGAAGACCUGCCUGGAUGAAUGCAUGUCUGCUAUGGACAUGUUCCUCAACAACCAGUUCAAUGAGAGCUUGGAGAGUCUGAAACCAAGGAUGAAGGAGAGCAUGUAUCAUGCUUUGGUGUAUGCCACCAUUUUGGAAAUGCAAGCCAUGAUGACCUUUGAACAUGAUGACAUCAUCAGUGCUGGUCACACAAUGAAGGAGGCGCAGGAGAUCUGUCAGAGGUUUCGAAAGAAGUCCACUGUUGUUGGCUCCCUGUCGAGUCUUGUGAACAAAUCAUCUGGUGACCACUUCACUGAAGAGGAGGUCCAUGCAGAGGUCUGUUACGCUGAGUGUCUCCUACAGAGGGCUGCCUUAACUUUCUUGCAGGAUGAGAACAUGGUCAGUUUUAUCAAGGGUGGGAUUAAAGUCAGGAACAGCUUCAUCAUUUACAAAGAUCUCCAUAACUUCCUGCAGUCAAACCUAUGCAGCAAAGGACCCAAUCACUCCCACCUGGAAGGAGGUGUUUCCUUGGGAAUUGGGGCAUUUAACUUGGCUUUGUCAAUGUUUCCAACACGGAUCCUGAAACUGUUGGAGUUCGCUGGCUUCUCUGGGGACAAGGAGUAUGGUCUGUCGCAGUUACACGAUGGAGUGAUGGUUCCCAAUAUCCGAGCCAUUUUAUGCGUUAUGCUGCUGCUGUGUUAUCACACCUUCCUGACAUUCAUACUUGGAACGGGUGAGGACGAUGUCACAGAUGCAGUGGUUCUACUUCAACCUUAUCUCACACGAUACCCUAAGAGUGCAAUAUUCCUGUUCUUUUCGGGAAGAAUAGAAGAAAUCCAGGGAAAUCUCGAUAAGGCAAUCCAGAGAUUCGAGGAGGGAUGUGCUGCGCAGCAGGUGUGGAAGCAGUUCCACCACAUGUGUUACUGGGAGCUGAUGUGGUGCUUCACUUACAAGCGGCUGUGGAAGAUGGCUUACUUCUACGCAGACCUCCUCAGCAAAGAGAGCCGCUGGUCUAAGGCAAUGUACGUCUACAUGAAAGCUGCAUAUCUGAGUAUGUUACCUGAGCAUGAGGCAAAACCCUUUGGAGACGAUGAAGUAGAGCUGUUCAGGCAGGUUCCCCUUCUGAAGCAGAAGAUCGCUGGGAAGUCCCCCCCUACCGAGAAGUUUGCGAUAAGGAAGGCUCGGAGAUACAAGUCUAACCAUCCUGUGAGGUUGCCGGUACCAGCUCUGGAGAUGAUGUACAUGUGGAAUGGUUUUACGGUGAUCGGCAAACAGUGGAAGCUGACAGAGGAAAUGUUGGAGACGAUCUGUGAAGCAGAGGCAGGGCUGGAACAGGCAGCAUCUAAUGAGUACCUGGCUGAUGACAAGUGUGUGGUGAAGCUGCUGAAAGGGUUGUGCUUGAGGCACCUGGGCAGGACCCUGGAGGCGGAGCAAUGCUUUGUCUAUAUUUAUGAACAUGCGAAGAAGAUUAAAUAUGAUCACUACUUGAGUCCAAACGCCCUGCUGGAGCUGAGUCUGCUUUUCAUUCAACAGGAUCGAAAAGACGAAGCCAUCAAAUGGUUGAGACGUGCAAAACAAAACUACAAGGACUAUUCUAUGGAAUCCAGGACACUUUUCCGGAUACACGCUGCUCUUUCUAAACUGAAGGCGGAGAAGGAUGAGAAUGGGCUGGAGGGAACUACCCUCUAGACAUGAACCUUGCGGAGGCCUCGGUGUUAAAAGGGAUGGUCUAGCAAUUGGGAGGGGCUGGAUUGUAAAAUUAAACGAGGAUGUUCACUUCCAAUAACACCUGAGGUUGAAACUCCUUCUGCUGAGAAGUGAAUGUUUGGGGAGCCUGUCUGCCCUUAACGAAUCUCUGACUUGAAAACCUUGUCCUGUGCCAUUUUGGAAUUGAGGAAAGGAUAUGGGAGGCAUUGCCAUGGACACUAAUUGGUUGCCAUUUUGUCUUCUACUUGGCCUGUAGGGAAUGAGUCAUCCCUACAGAUGGGGCAGAAUACUGGGAGGAGUUGGGUGGUCUAAUCAAAGGGGGUGGGAGUGGUGGAAUCGCCCAAGAAACGUGGUACAAAUCAGCUUUGUAAAUGUUCACUUUCCUGGUAAUACCAGGUAAUUGUGCCUUCCCUGCUAAUUUUGGAGGCCUCUCAGUGUGAGCUGCAAGGGUUAGAAGGUGUUAGUACAAAUGAAUUAUUAUAAUGUUUCUAAAUUAGAUUCUGUAGGUAGACUGAAAUUAUCAGGAGACUUUGAUGGCUAUUUGCACUCAAAUUAUUUUAUAUCUAACACGUGGAGAUUUUAUAUUCUCAUUCAAAUAGGGUAUUAUGUUUCAUCACUGUUGUGUUUAUUUAAGUAGGUGCAGUGUCAGUUGGGCAUGGUCAGUUAAUAAUUUAAUUGCUGUCCAACCCUGGAAAACAGUGGAAUUUUUCAAUAUUCAGUGUUCAAUUGAAGCCAGGUACACCAGAUCCACUGGGUUGGGGCUUUGAUAUUUUGUACUUCAGGAAAUGUAAAUAGAUUCAGAUUUAUUAAUCAUGUGUACAACAAAGCAUACAGUGAAAUAUGUCAUUUGUGUUAAUAACCCACACACUUUUGAUAUGCUUGGGGGGGGGGGGGGGGGGGAGCCAGCAAGUGUUGCUACAUACAGUAUUUCGGCACUAACAUAGCUUGUCCAUGGUGUUCACCAGAACAACACAAGCAGUAGCAACAACAGCAGCAACAUGAGUUCCUUUUCCCACUCACUCACACAGAUGUACAGACCUCCAGUUUUGUGCCCCAAAGACUAUCAGACUUGCAGCCAAUGGCCUCCAAUCUCCAGACCCUGGCCAUGACUCUCAGAUAUUUUGUAGGCAGAUUUCGAUGGGGAACAAAAGUUUUCACACUCUGCAGCCUAAGCUUCCCCUGUCUGAUUCUAGUGUGUGCACCAGCAAUAUUGGGAAUGCUUGCUGCUAUCACCUCAGUGAUGGUCCUGCAUCUCCCUCACCCUCCCCAGCACAUUCUUCUCCCCUCUCUUACCCUAGAUUAAGUAAGGACAACAACCAAGCCUGUCCUGGUCCUACAACUCAUUCAGUCAGCACAGAAUCAGUGCAGGACCCUACCCACCCCCACUCGUUCGUUAAAGCCUUCCUUUGAACUCAUACUGAGACUUUGACUAGGCAACAAUUGAACCAGGGAUCAUAAGGUCAAACUCUAGAGAUCUACCUCUGUCCAUUUAUGAGAACUUUUUAAGUUGUGCUAUAACAAUCUGAAUUCCUAGGAUGGACAAAUAUGUGGUCACCUAUGGUGUCUAUCCAUGAAUGUCUCAUCUUGCCCAAGUAUCAUGUCAAUGGUUCGUUACCUCUGUUCUAACCAAAGUUGUAAAUAAGUCUGGUUGAACCCCCUGAAUUCUGUUCAGUCACAUCAUCACACUCCAGCAAGGACACUCUGGUUUCUGAGUGGGAGGCUGUGCAAAAUGAUGCAAGCGUUAAUAGGUUUAUGUUAUGAAGCUAGACAGCAUACUGCAUAUUUAUGCUGAAUACAGAAGAAUGAUAUUUAAUUUAGGUGCUUAAGGUAAUUGUUGAAAAAAGGAAUAUAACAACACAAAAUGCUGGGGGAUCUCAAUAGGUCAAGUGGCAUCUAUGGAGAAUUAACAGCUGAUGCUUCAGGCUAAGACUUCAUCAAAAUGGGAUUGGUCUUUGAUGAUUGACACAGACUCAGUGGGCUGUAUGAGGGAAUUUGAGAGUAGUUGAGUCCAGUACAAGUGAGUGUGGAGUCAAAGGGUUGUAGUUGUAAUUAAAUCUGACCAGCCCCUCAUCACAAAACUAUCUGUAUUUUUAAUCGCCCCUUCCCUUCUGAUUUUGCCGUGACACCAUUCAUAUCCCAGCCACCUCCAUUUGACACCUUGGAAUCCCGCUCCAUAAUCUUUUUUUCUUGGACCAGAACAGACAGAUUUUGGUGACCUAAAAUGAUGCAGUCAAUAUUUAACACAUUUAUUACAGCAUUUAGUCUCAAUACUUGACUCUCCACUUCUGAAGAGUCUCUUAUGCAGUGUAACCCAAACUCUUCCAGCUCCUGCUGAGGUUUAGGGUCUUGACCUGAAAUGUCGACUGCCCAUUUCCUUCCACAGAUGUUGCCCGAGUUCCUUAAGCAGUUUUUUUUUACUGCAGAUUUCCACUUCAUUUUAUUUCAAAUAGAGCAGAUAUUGAACCUUCCCCAGUGUGCAGCCCUCGUUUAAUGGAAGUUUCCUGGCUGAUGGGGCAUCCUGCAGACAGGGAUGUGGAAUUUCCCAGCAACAACCAACCUAAUUGCGCAGAGUUGUGUGCCUUUAAUACAGCCAACUGUUAGACUGAUUCAACCCAACCAGUCUGGGGCAAUGCUUGUUGUCCUGGGAAUCUUGUAAUUAAGGACAAUUACCCUAAAGGUGAGAGUUUUGGGGUGUUAGAACAUAUAACAGCCUUCAGCCCACAGUGUUGAGCUGACCUUUUAACCUACUUUAAGAUCAGUCCAAUGUUUCCCUCCCACAUACCCCUCCAUUUUUCUUUCAUCCAUGUGUAGAUCAGCAGUUUCACACAGUAUCAUUCUUUUUUAAUCCUUUUGAGUGUUUCAAAAAUAGAUACAUGACAGACUAUCAUUUUGAAGGGGGAAACAUUUGUCUUUCAAGUAAAGUUUCUUUUUUUAAAAAAAGCAGCAAGCUGGAAUGGGUUAAGGCUGAACCUCAGUGAUCUGUUCUUAACUCACCACCCUGCCCAUGCAUAGGGUGAUUACGGGUUACUCUUGCUCUGUAAGCAAUACUCAACAUACAUUGUCAACUUAAUUAGGUACAACCCGCAGUGAUCUUCUGCUGCUGUAGCCUACCCACCUUGAGGUUCAACGUGUUGUGUGUUCAGAGGUGCUCUAUUGCACACUUACUUGAGUUACUGUCACCUUCCUGUCAGUUUGAACCAGUCUGGCUAUUCUCCUCUGACCUCCCUUAUUAAUAACACAAGGGAGUCUGCAGAUGCUAGGAAGUUAGAGCAACACACAGAAAAUGCUGGAGGAACUCAGAUCAGACAGCAUCUAAUUAACAUUCACCAUUUCAGGCUGAGACCCUUCAUCAGUACUAGAAAGGAAGGGGGAAGAUGGAAUAAACAGGUGUGGGGAGGGGAAGGACAAGCUAGCAGGUGAUGGGUGAAGCUAGGUGGGUGGGAAAGGUAAAGAGCUGGAGAAGGAAUUGGAUAGGAGAGGAGAAUUGAUUGUGGAGUAAAAGGGGAACCAGGGAGUGAUAGGCAGGUGAGAAGAGGCCAGAGUGGGGAAUAGAAAGAGAGGAAAAAAAAUUACUGGAAGGAGAAAUUAAUGCAUAUGCCAUCACGUUGGACACUACCUAGAUAGAAUAUGAGAUGUUGCUCCUUCACUCUGAGUGCAGCCUCAUUGUGAACAAAGAGGAGGCCAUGGACCGACAUGCUGAAAUGAAAAGAGGGGUAGGAAUUAAGAUGGUUGACCACUGAGAAAUACUGCUUUUGGUGGUUGUAAUGCUCUACAAAGGGGUCCCCCAAUUUCCCCAAUUUCUGAAGAGGCCUCAUCAGAAGCUAAGCAUACAAUAGACCCAAACAGAUUCUCCUGGUAAUUUUUUUUUCCUCCUCCUCCACUCUGGCCACUUAACUCUUUAGACCUUACUAUCACCUCCCCCGGUGCCUUUCUUCCUCCUUCCCUUUCUCCCAUAGUCCACUCUCCUCUCGUACUAUCACAUUCCUCCUUCUCCAGCCACCUGGCUUCACCUUUCACCUAGCAAGUUCUUCCUCUUCCCACCUCGAAUCCUUGAAGUCCAGCUGUUUCUGAGCUACUCCAACCACCCUGUCAGACAACAACAAUCACUCCCAAGUCAAAAUCACAUUUUUCCCCUAUUCUGAUGUUUGGUCUGACCAUCUUGACCAUGUCUGCAUGCUUUUAUGUAGGUAUUAUGAUCCUGUCACAUAAUUGGCUGAUUAGAUAUUUGCAUUUAUGAGCAAGUGUACCUCAAAGUGGCCACUGAGUGUAUUUUAUGGUGUUAUUAGAAAGUUGUAUUCUGAAAUUCAUUACAGUGGAGUUAAUGACAUUAAUAUCAGUGAUAAUAAUAUGCUGAGGUUAUUAUCUGGCAUGUUGGAUAAAGUAGGGAUGUUCUGCCUCUGCGUCCACAAAUGACUUAAAAUGCAUCACUUAAUCUUGUGUGAUGAGGUGUAAUGGUUUGCAUGUACACGUGAUUUACUCAAGUACAGCAAGACAAACAGAAUUGAUUUAAAUUACUUAAUCAUUUUAAUUUAUGUCAAAUUAACUCAAUACAGUGGAAGUUUGGUACAGAU